GGUUACGAAGAUAAAAGUGCGUUCGUAAAACAAAAAGAAAGAAAGAAAAAAAAACUCCUGAGGGAGACUGAAAGGUAGGCCUGUUUAAUGUGCGCAAAGGGGACAUCCGUACCGAAACGAAGCAGUUAAGUGGGAGAGACUUUUAGCAUCUUCUUAGUGGGGUGGAGUUCAAACUUUUUUUUCCCUUAAGGGAGAAAGGUAAAGUGAUAGUUUGUGUAACGUUUCAGUAGCGGCACAAGGAAGGAAGGAGUUUGAAUAGCGGAGGAGCUCGGAUAAUUUGCAGUGUUUGUUUACUUUCCCCCUCAGGCACAAUUGGGAAGUUGCAUGCAGAGACAGUGUCGGUAACAAUUGAAUCACAUGUUGCGAAACCUGGAGUGAUUUUCAUAUUAAACAAAGCGGCAGUGUCGCGUGUUCCAGAGGAAAGCGGGGAUACAAGAUAACGGAAGGAAACUGGUAUGAUAGGCUGAGGGGUUAACUAGAUCACUAAGCGUAACAGAUUUGGUGGGAGCGAGUUUCACCAGUCAAGACCGCAAGUGGAGACGACAACUAUCGACAUAUAAAAGUGAGAGAUGGCGCUUAAUCUAACAGGACUGUACCAGAUGGUUUCACAAGAGAACAUGGACGCCUACCUUCAUGCGUUAGAUAUAAAUAUUGCCCUGAGAAAGAUUGUGUGCCUUCUCCGGCCAAACAAAGAGAUCACCCACGACCCAGCGACUGGUCACAUGAAGAUCCGCACCCUCACCACCUUCCGAAACUUUGAUAUGGACUUCGCCCUAGGACAGCCAUUCAAAGAAGACCUGGGUCCAGUAGAUGGACGAGUGUGUGAGACCACGGUGGACUGGGAGGGGGACAAGCUGGUGUGUGUGCAGAAGGGGGAGAAAGAGGGCAGAGGAUGGACACACUGGGUGGAGGGAGACCUGCUGCAUCUGGAGAUGAGGGUGCAGGGGGUGGUCGCCAAGCAAGUUUUCAAGAAAAUCAAAUGAUGGACUGAAGGAGAUGCAAGGUGAAAUGGUGAUCUUGAAUAUUAUAAUACUUCUUAGUUCAUAUUUUAGUUUGUUAAUUAAAGUAUAUUUACCUGAAUGGUAUAUUAACGAUUGAGUGUGGAAUUCAAAAGACCCUUUACAGCGCACCAUUACUGGACUGUCUUUGGCUUUUACAAGCCUGAGCCACUGUUUCUCCCUUUAAAUGUCCCUUAUCUUGGUGGCAAGUUUGAAUCAUUGCACCUAUUUAGAAUAUCAUUUAAGUAUUGUACUGUAAUAGUUAUAUCAAACAGUGUUUAACUAAUGUAUACUGACCAAAAAUACAUUGUAACAAGUUUUUUAGACAAUGUAUGACAAGUGUUUUACUGUGUUAUUUAACACUGUACUACACUUACUCUUUUUGUACUUCACGUGGCUGAACCAUUCAUAGAGAAAGGUUCUGUUUUACUGAAAUGUACCAUGCUGUACUUGCAUGCACCAUCAAUGAAAUGCAGGACUGUUCUGUGCUAACACUAUAUUGUAGCGUCCUACAAUUAAAUGGAUUAUUAAGAACCGAGAUUGUAAAUAAAACGGACUUAUGUUUAACCAAUUUAAUUAUGGACUAAACCCUUGAUGAAUUGUGAAUCACAUUCAUUUUCAAUAACAUUACAGUAGUGUUUGACCUUGUGUGAAUCCCAUGGCAUUACGAUGAUGGUAUUAGCUAAAUGGUAAUAAAGUGAGAUUUGCAUAA